AUGGCAGUUGACUUCGGGGACCACGCCAGCGGGUUCCGCCACACGGAGGUGAUCAGGUUCAUCAACAACGAAGUGCUCAUGAACGGCGGCGGUCCAGAUUUCUACGUGACCUUCCGCUCACGGCCCUGGAAUGAGGUGGAGGACCAGCUUCGGACCGUCGUGGUCGACCCUCAGGUACCGCGCACCACUAAGAGAGCCUGUGCCUGGAGCGCGCUGGCCUUGAGUGUGCGCGCGGCCGCGAGGCAGCGGGAGCAGCAGGCGCACCGCGUGCGGCGGCUGCAGGAGCAGGUGGAGGAGCGCGAGAUGGCUACCUGGGCCCUGGCCUCCGAGCUGCAGCGGCUGCGUGGGGAUCGAGAGGAAGUGGCCACGCAGUUGCGCUUCACGCAGGUCGCCCUGCAGCAGGCGCUGCUCGAGUGUGAUGUGCUUCGUGGGCGGCUGCUCCACGUGGAUAGGUCGGCCCAGGUCAUCCCGCUGGCCCGUGAAAUACUGCCUGCGCCUCGAGCCGAGCAGCAUGGGGCUAUAGCCGGGCCCCUGAAUGCUGAGCAGCAGAGAGAUGUGGUUGCCGUGGGGUUUCCUGGUAGGCUGUAUUUUGAGGCCCAGGUGCGAGCCCCAGCAGCUGUUCUUCACAUGCCAGGACCCCCAGGUCCCAGGGCUCAGGCCAUACAACCCCCUCUGCCAAUGCCGGUGCCAUACUCACUUCCAUUGCAAGCACCACUCCCAGUGGGAAUCCCUUUCUUGCCGCCUCUGCCACCACCAGUAGUCAUGGAUGCAGAAGCUGCAGUAGUCCCGCUUCAGAUGCUUCCUCUGGAGACCUACCCACCUGGUCCAUGUGCUGCAGUGGGCUUCCGGGAGGAGGGGGCCCCACCAUGGGACCAAAGGAAUUACAGCCAGGAGGGAGGUCCUGGGAUCUUCCGGAGUACAGUCCCCCUGGGGAAUAUCAGAAACCCUAGCCAGGAAGGUCUAGAGAGGCCUCAGGGGAUGGUCCCCCUUAGGGAUAGCUGGAGCCACAGCCAAGAAGAAGGUCCAGAGGGGGCCCAGGGGAUGGGUCCUCCUGGGGACAGCUGGAGCCUCAGCCAGGGAGCAGAUCAAGGGACACCCCAGGGGGCGGUAUCCCUUGGGGAUAGUUGGAGCCAGAUCCAGAAAGAAGGUCCAGAGAAGGCCCAGGGGAUGGUCCCCUCUGGGGAUAGCUGGGGCCAGAGUCAGGAAGAAGGUUUAGAGAGGCCCCAGGGGAUGGUCCCCCUUGGGGAGAGCUGGAGCCUCAGCCAGGAAGAUUCAGAGAGAUUCCAGGAGGUGGUUACCCUUGAAUUUCCAAAAAGACCCCAAGGGGUGGCCCCCCUUGGUGCCAGCAGGAGCAACAACCAGGAAGAAGAUGUAGAGAGGUCCCAGGACGUGGUUCCCCUGGGGGUCAGUGGGAGCCACAGCCAGGAAGAAAAUCCAAAAAGACCCCAAGGGAUGGCGCCCCUUGGUGCCAGUAGGAGCAAUAGCCAGGAAGAAGAUAAAGAGGGGCCCCAGGAGGUGGUACCCCUGGGGGCCAGUGGGAGCAACAGCAAGGAAGAAGGUCCAAAAACACCCCAAAGGAUGGCCCCCCUUGGUGCCCGUAAGAGCUACAGCCAGGAAGAAGAUCCAGAGGGGGCCCAGGAGAUGGUAUCCCUGGGGGCCAGUGGGAACCAUGACAAGGAAGAAGGUCCAGAAAGACCCCAAGGGAUGGCCCCUCUGGGGGAUAACAGUAGCCAAAGCCAGGAAGAAGAUCUGGAGAGGCCCCAGGGGACUGGUCCCCUGGGGGACAGCAGAAGCAACAGCCAGGAAGAAGGUCCACAGAGGCCCCAAGGGAUGCUCUCCCUGGAGUUUCUCAGGAGUCACAGUCAGGAAGAAGGUCCACAGAGGCCCCAAAGGAUGCUUUCCCUGGGGUUUAGCAGGAGUCACAGCCAGGAAGAAGGUCCACGGAGGCCCCAGGCAACCCCGCCGGGGGAUGGCUGCAGCCAAAGUAUGAGGGAAAACCCAAAGAUACAGCAGCCUCCGGGGCAGAAGACCAAGCAACCAAAAGGGAAAAAAGCUUUGGAUUCCAAGCACCAGGAGAAAUCUGUCUCAAGAUGCAGUCCAGUGAAUUGGGACUGCCCAUGGUGUAAAGCCAUGAAUUUUUCAUGGCGCAAGGCCUGUUAUAAAUGCAAGAAAGUCUGUGUGGCAGGUGAGAGUAGAGGCCGGGACCCAGGACAAAUUUACUGACUUCAAGAAGCCCCACAGAACUUGUUUGUUGCUGAAGAAGCUGAACCCGUCCCAUUAGAAGAUUUCCCAAGAGUCUAAAGAAAUCACACCUUGAUUCCAGCUGACCCGCACCUCAUUGAGACCCCCCAUUGGCUGGAACU